AAGAGGGACAGGACACUGGGUCAAUAUUUGAGGUUAUGGAUUAACUAGAAUGUGAUCCACCAUUUAUGGCUGAAAGCGAAGUCCUGAACUAAAUUGGAGAAAAACGUACAAAUCCCAAUUCCAGUUACCUCCAGACUCAUAGGACGCCUUCUGGAUUGAUGUAGAGAUGAAUCGUUCACUGUACCUGAAUAUUUUGUGGUUGGUCAUUCUGAGUGCUAUCCCACUUUAUCCUACAAGAUCAAUCUUUUUUAGUAGACAGGAUGCAAAUCGUGUACUAAAGAUACAGAAACGUGCAAAUAAUCUAAUGGAGGAACUUAGACCGGGUAACCUAGAGCGGGAAUGCUAUGAAGAGAAAUGUGACCUUGAGGAGGCCAAUGAGGUCUUUGAGACUCGGGAAGAAACUCUCAACUUCUGGGCAGUAUACUUUGAUGGAGAUCAAUGUCUCUCAAAUCCUUGUGCACAUGGAACCUGCAAAGAUGGAAUAGGAAAAUUUGACUGUACCUGCCCACGAGGAUGGGAAGGAAAACUUUGUUCUGAUGAAGUGACGCAUUUCAACUGCUCCGUAAAUAAUGGAGGUUGCAUCCAUUUCUGUAAAGAGACUGAUAACAGUACGUCUCGUGCCUGCAGCUGUGCUUCAGGAUACAAGCUAGGUGAUGACCAUCGUAGCUGUCAACCAGUUGUUGAAUUUCCUUGUGGCAAAAUGAAAAUCUUCAACUCUAACUAUUCAGCUCGUCUUACUGGAGCAAAGAAAGGAAAAAAAGGAGACAGCCCUUGGCAGGCUCUCAUAGUAUUUGAGAAGAAGUUUCACUGCGGUGGAGUCCUGAUUUAUCCAUCAUGGGUCAUAAGUGCAGCCCAUUGUUUUAGACAGAACGGAAAGUACUUUGUCCGGCUUGGUGAAUUUGACCGCCGGACACUGGAAGAUACCGAGCAGCAAAUUUAUGUAACUAAAAUCAUUACUCACCCUCAGUUCAAAGUUGAGACUGUAGAUAAUGAUAUUGCUCUACUACGUCUGAGUCAGCCUGCCGUCUAUAACAAGUAUGUGCUGCCUAUUUGUCUGCCAAGCUAUGGACUUGCUGAAACAAAACUGACACUUGAAGGAACAGAGACCAUUGUAACUGGGUGGGGCAAUCAAGACCAAUCACUUCGCAACCGUACUAGUAUUCUCAGCUACAUACAGAUUCCUAUAGUGCCCCACGAGAAUUGUUCUGAGGUCAUGCAGAACCGUGUAACUGAUAACAUGCUAUGUGCUGGAAGGUUGGGUGACAGGCAAGAUGCUUGUUCUGGAGACAGUGGCGGGCCCAUGGUCACCAACUUUAGAGACACAUGGUUUCUUAUAGGGUUGGUAAGCUGGGGAGAGGGAUGUGGGAGGCUAGAUAAUUUCGGAAUAUAUACCAAGGUUAAUAAUUAUCUUCAAUGGAUGCAUCAAGAACUGACAAACUAUGAAGCAGAGGAGAAAAAAAUGAAGUUACGUAUAACCCACUCACGUAAACCCUGAUAUCUAAACUUAUUAUGUAAUCUAUGAUCAUCAUAAUAUGGAACUCAGCAAAUAGCAAUUAUCACAACCAUUGUUUUGGGGAAGCAAUCUAAUAAAACCUAUACAUCUAA